UUUGACGUUUCUCUAACUGGCUUAUUGCUUGCAGGUUGCAGCAGUUCCACUAUUUUCCAACUGUAGUUUAUUGUUUUCUUAUUACUAUAUAAGUUAAAUUAUCUUCAAUAAGCAUACCGAUAUCAUGUCACCUACACGUGCUGCAGGAUUAGUAAUAUAUAGAAAAAUUAAUCAAAGUAUCCAGUUUUUAUUGCUACAAACUUCAUACGGCGAGAACCAUUGGACUCCUCCUAAAGGUCAUGUAGACCCAGGUGAGUCAGACUGGGUGACAGCUCUCAGAGAAACUAAAGAAGAAGCUGGCUUGGGUGAAGAAGAUUUAGAGAUCUACAAAGACAUCUCAAAGACUCUUGACUACAAAGUGAAAGGUAAACCUAAAGAAGUGGUGUACUGGUUAGCCAAACUGAAGAAUCCAGACAAAGAAGUCAAGCUUUCAGAUGAACAUCAAGCUUUAAAGUGGCUGCCACUGGAACAGGCUCAGCAAAUAUCAGGAUAUGACGACAUGAAGUUAUUGUUGGCUGAAUUCAAUGAAAAGGCCAAAAAAUUAUAACGCUAUGUAUUUAUUUUUAAUAUGUUACUCAUAAAAAAUAAAUCAAUACUUUUUUAAAGU